AUGGCCGUUGGCCUUAUCGCUUCCUAUCGCCCUCCCGCGUCUCUCGGCUUCCUCUCUCUCCCUUCCAAAUUCUCCUAUUGCCUACCGAUUACAGUCGCCUCCCCCCUCUAUGCCUUACCUCUUCGAACACUCAGAACAAUAGUGUUAGCCAUCCAAGCCAUCCAAUCGAAACUGCGAGCCCCGAACCCUGCAUACCCUCGGCGCAUCUACCCUACGCCCUCAGUUUCUCUCAAAAUCCUCCAGUCAUCAAGCACCACGAUGAAUCCAGAGGAUGACCACGAUCGGUCGUCCUCGACACCAAAUGGGACAUCUAAGCAGGGAUUAGCCCAGGACAAGGACAAACCUCGUCUUACCGAUCAAGAAAAAAAAAGCAAUCACAUUGCCUCGGAGCAAAAGCGACGCGCAGCCAUUCGCGAAGGCUUCGAUCGCCUGACAGAACUGGUGCCCGGUCUAGAGGGACAGGGCCGGAGUGAGAGCAUUGUUCUGCAGAAGACCGUGGAUUUUAUCCAUGUGAAGCUACAAGAACGUCACGAUCUUAUCGCAGAGAUCGAGAGCAAAGGCGGCCGAGUGGACGACUCUUUCCGCCCAACGUGA